AUAAUGAACGCGUGAGCAGUGCCAGUCUCGCAGCUCGCAGCCUCGUUCCCCAAAAGACAAGACGAGGCGGGCUUCCCCCACGCUGCUGAGGAGAUGCAGGAUGGAAGUGUGCGUAGACUAAGACGUUUGUGGUAGACGGCCGUGUUUUCAGACCAUGCAGGCGGGGAGCGGAGCGGUUCGGAUUGCCUGUGUGAAGGCACAGCCACAGUCGCGCAUUACCGUGGUGGAUGGAAGAGGAAAGGAAGGGGAAGCUUGUGGCUAAGCCUUUCGGGCUGGUGUCUAGGGUGGGUGUCUAAGCCUUUGAGACAUUGGGCUUGAGGAGGAUGUACAUAUAUUCUCAGGGCGAAGUCAAAGAGUCUACUCCUCAUCAGCAGCUCACUCACACACUUGUGGAGAGAAGACAGCAGCAGAUUAUCCAAUACUACAGAUUGUUACCGGUCACAAUGACAUCGUACCUUUCUCGAUCCACAACCACGUCUACCGACCCGCUUUCCUCCAGCACGCACCGGGCGCCGCUUUGGGACCCUCGAGCUACCCUACAACUUGAACAUGAUGGUCGCUGCGUAGGAUACGCUCCCUCCAAAGGACGCAAAUGCCGAAACAUCAUCGCAGGGCACAACCUGUCGAAAGCCAAUACGAUCCUCCACGACAUGGCAAGGCAGCAGCCAGAUCCCGAAGCCCUUCGGUCAAAGUUAUGGCGGCUGGCCCAGCAUCAUCUCUGCAUUCGAUGGCACCAGAACCAAGCCCGAGAUAUGGUGGAGAAAUGGACCGACAGGAUGAUCGAGGCCUAUCCACAUGCCAGCGUUGAGACUCGUCGGCGAUCGUCGCGGGGGGACACCAUCUCUCGCAGAGACAGCCAGCUAGAGCGAUUAGAAAGCCAGCUAGAUCGAUUACUGGCGCUAGUUGCCGAGCGUGACAGCCGCAGGUCUCGCGCGUCGGUGACUCCAUCCGUGCCCUCACGGCAGCGUCCGAUCUCUUCUCCGACCCCGACUGUAUCCUCAUCUGCAUCGCUACCAGACUUGUCUGGGCGCGAGACGUUCCAGGACACCAUUUCAAGCAUGCAGGAAACAGUUCGCAUUGCUCAGCGUCGUUUGUCCGUGGCGGAGAAUACCCAUUCACCCGGCCAACGGAGUCCAUCCGUAUCGCGCGUUUCAACGUCGGAUAUCUCUUCUCUACACCUCUCGAGAACUUCAACCACGCGAUCUUCCGCCACGGCUGCAGUCUCUUCGUCUCCUCGCUCCAUUACCAAUACGACCGCGAGCUCAUCCCGCACCUGCACCCGCGCCCAUGUCCGACGACGCGCUAUCGACGACGAAUGUCCGAUUUGUCGGGAAAACUUCUUGGUCGGGGAACAGCUCGUGUGGUGCAAAGACAGUUGUGGAAGGACUGUGCAUAAGGGCUGCUUUGAGCAAUGGCGGGCGGAGUGUAUAGCUGAUAGGAGGAGGACAACGUGUACGAUUUGUAGGGCGGAAUGGGGACCGGACUGUGGUUGUGAGGAUAGGCGCCCAGCGCGGUCGUAAGUGAGAACAGAUAGACGGCAUAGAGUAUGGCGUUCAAUCGAGACUUUCGAUAUCGCAUAUGCCUUUUCGUGCGGAGGUCUCACAAUCGACUCUGUAAUCG